GAGAAAAAAAAAAAACCAACACCACAACAACAAAGAAAGAAGAAAAGAAAACACACUGAAGCCUAAAACUGAACGUAAGCCCUAGCUCUCCAUGCUCCGGAGUCCACCACUUCUUCUUCUGCUUCUACUUCUACUUCUGCUUCUACUUCAACCAUGCAAGAGAGGUAAAGAAGCGUUCUUUUCCUCGCAAAUUAUGCAUUGAAUUACAGUAUACUGGUUAUGAAUUCCAUUCUUUCUUUGCUUCUUCCUCAUGUGAUUUCAAUCCAACUCUUAAAGAUUACUUAGGGAAUUUAAUCGUUCAGUGAAAAUGAAUACAAAAGCACUGUUAAAUCCUCACCCCAAGUCUUAUGCUUCCUCUAAUAUUUAUGCUCUAAAUGCCGACUUCAAGCUCUUCUCUUCGAUGCCAGCUCCCACUUCCCACACUGACAUAGACACCCAAAUAAGGUCCCUUUGUGAGAAACCCAAUUCUCAAUUCUCGGAGGCUGUUUCACUGUUUCACCGCGCCGUCGGUUCUUGCCUCUUGCCUUCUUGGUCAACCUGCAAUUUCCUUGUUGAUACGCUUGCAAGGUCGAAAAAUCAUGACUGGGCUCUUUCGGUUUAUAAGCAGAUGACCCAUGUUGGUGUUUCGCCAAGUUUUCUAUCGUUGAGUGGUUUGACUGAUUGUUUUGUGAGUGCCCGGAAGCCCGAAUUGGCGCUUGGGGUCAUGGGGUUGAUGGUGAAGUGUGGUUUUAGAUUUCAUUUACUUGGUAUGAAUCGUAUAUUAAAGGGUUUGUGCCAAAAUGGUGAGGUUGGGAAUGCGAUGGGUUUGUUCGGAGAAAUGCAAAGGAAUUGUGUAUCACCGGAUGUUGUUAGUUACAACAUUCUUAUAAAUGGACUUUGCAAGGCAAAGAAAUUGAAAGAAGCGGUAUGUUUGUUUGUUGACAUGGAGGCAGCAGAUUGUCACCCGAAUAUGGUAACAUACACGACUUUGGUUGAUGGUCUUUGUAAGGAUAGUAGAGUUGAUGAGGCAAUGGAUUUGUGGGAGGAGAUGAAGAAGAAAGGUCUGGAUGUGGAUGUUAUUGUCUACAGCGCCCUUAUAAAUGGCCUUUCUUAUAAAGGAAAUGUUGAUAGAGCGAAAGAUGUUUUUGAUGAGAUGUUGGGAAAGGGAAUUCUCCCCAAUGUAGUUACCUAUAAUCCUUUGAUGCACAAUCUUUGUAAGAUGGGGCAUUGGAAAGAGGCCACAGAGAUGUUGAAUGAUAUGACAGAACGUGGAAUUCGCCCUGAUGUUGUUACUUAUACGGGGUUAAUUGAAGGGCUUUGCAAAGAUGGGAGGGCCAGAAAAGCCAUGGACAUGUUGGACUUGAUGCUUGAGAAGGGAGUAGAGCCAAGCACUCAAACAUAUAAUGUUAUAAUUAAUGGACUAUGCAAGGGAGGCAUCGUCAGUGAUGCUUUUAAAAUAUUGGAAAUGAUGACUAAGAAGGGGAUAGAGCCUGAUGUGGUUACUUACAAUACAUUGCUGAUGGGGCUUUGCGAUGAUGGGAAGGUUGAUGAGGCGAUAAAACUCUUAAAAUUUAUUUUGAGUGGGGAGAGCUUUGUUGAACCGAAUGUCAUGACAUUUAACUUGUUAAUUCAGGGAUUCUCCAAGGAAGGCUGUCUUGAUGCGGCUCUAGAAAUAUAUCAUAUGAUGGUUGAAAGGGGGAUCUCAGGUAGCAUUGUAACUUACAAUUUUUUGAUUGGGGGGUAUCUGAAGGCAGGAAUGGUUGACAAAGCCAUGGAACUAUGGAAACAUGCACUGGGCUUGGGACUUUCUCCAAACUCAACUACAUAUAGUAUUAUUAUUGAUGGUUUCUGCAAAAUGCCUAUGCUUAAUGUUGCUAAGGGCAUUUUUAGUAAAAUGAAGACUCGUGGGCUUAGUCCUACGGUGUUUGAUUACAAUUCAUUGAUGGCAUCCUUGUGCAAGGAGGGCAGCUUGGAGCAAGCUAGGAGGCUGUUUCAAGAAAUGAGAAAUUCAACUCAUGCUCCAGAUGUUGCAUCAUUUACUAUAAUAAUCAAUGCAACUUUCAAAGCAGGAGAUUUUCAAUGUGCCAAGGAAUUGCUAAUGAACAUGCUUGAAAUAGGUUUAGCGCCUAAUCAUUUGACCUUUUCCAUAUUAAUAAAUAGAUUGUCAAAACUUGGUCUACUGGAAGAGGCUAAAAGUAUUUUUGAGAGAAUGAUAGAUAGUGGUUUUACACCAGACACCUUCAUAUAUGAUUCUUUACUUAAGGGCUUUGCUUCAAAGGGCGAAACCAAAGCAAUCAUUGAUCUGCUUCAUCAAAUGGCAGAUAAGGGUCUUGUUCUUGACUCAGAAAUAAUUUCUACCAUCUUGACAUGCCUUUGUGAUCUGCCAGAAGAUGUUGAUGUUAUGGAGAUUUUGCCCAAUUUUUCCCAAGAAGCAUCGAAAGGAGCAAGCAUUUCAUUGGACAAGUUUUUAUCAAAACUGAACAAGUCUCACCCAGAACUUAAAUUAUGUGCUGCGUGAUACUCUGCAUCUCAAGAAAGGCUUGCUGAUGCAAUACUAUAUCUCCAACAGUAUUCUCCUAAGGUCUUAGGGCUUUUGGAAGGUCUUUGCCUCAAAAUUUGCGGACAGAUUCAGAAUAUUAUUCUUAUUCAAAAAAUUCAACACCCAUACGGACCAUAAAUUCUACUCUAGUGAGAGCAUUGGUUUUGGACAAAGAAUAGCUUCCCCUCUUCAUACCCUGUGUGUUUUCACUGGAAGGUUCUGGUCGAGGUUUAGCACUUCAUUUCAUCACGUACAAAAAUGCCAGACUUCACUUCAGGAUUUGCAUGCAGAGUUACUGAAACUAAAGGAUAAGAUACAAGAAGUCCGAAACACCAAUCUGUGAAAUCAGAUGUUCAACCAAUAUACUGUCACCUGAGAGAGAUACAAACUGAACUAUUGUUAUGGUUGGAACAUAUUGCAAGUACAGAAAGAUGAAAUGCAGAGUAGAUUCUCAUCCUCAUACAACAUGGAAGAUGGAUGUCAAGAAUCUCCAGUGCAGAUUCCAGAGCAGAAAAGACAGCUCGGUGAAUACAAGGAUUUAAAGUUGCAAGAUGAGAUUCUUAACAUGAAACAGGAGAACAAGAAGGUAUCCGAAAACAAGAAGCAGGCCUCAAUUGGGUGAGCGCAGUGAAAGUUGAUGUUAAGAAGACACUGAUGCAACUGGACAGGAUCUUGGGAUUUCAGUGCCAGAAACAAUCAAGAAGUUGGGCCCAAAUUCCCUUAUGGUCUUUCUUAUUUGGGGUUAAGUUGAAGAAGCAAAAGCCAUCAAUCUUCUCAUUUUGUGACUCCAGCAUUGCAGAAACAAGCAGUUGGACUCCCUAUGUAGAUUAGCCUUUCUCUACUUGUUUUGCUUUGUGUCAUUUACUUUUUUGUGUUUCAAAACUCAUUGAUUGGAAUUUUUUUUGUAGAUACUGUUUCUAGAUUCCUUUGCAGAUAGAAAUUGCUGAGGGUUUGUUGUUCUUGUAAUAUGUGGACAGCCUCCCUCCCUCCCUGUGUAUAUAUAUAUAUAUAUAUGAAGACAUUUUAGCAUCCAAA